UCCAUUUACCUAAAAAUCACACACACACACACACUCUCUCUCUCUCUCUCUCUCACGGAAAAAUUAGUCUCUCUCCUACACCACCAUAACUGCCCGUACCGAUUCUCACUCAUCUUUCUCUCUCUAUAACUAUAUGUAUGCCAUAAGCUUACGCCCCAGGAAGAAUUCUCCUAUAUAAGAUUAUUCCGGCAACAUUCGAACUCGCUGGUGAGCAUCUGACGUGAAAAUGAUUGUCUUCUCCGGUAAGAACAAUUAAUAAAUGUUAGACCCUUUUAUUAAAAUUCACCUUCGAUCCAAAACAUGGUUCCACAAACGCAAAAAGACAUCCAUCGAUCCGUUUACCUAUGCGUGUAAAUUCCGAUUUCAAUUUUGUACUUAUAACUAUUGGAAGUAAAAUCGUACAGGAAAUCCAUUGUUAUUGUACAAGGUGUUGUCAAGUUAGGGUUUUACGUUUUGAUCCCAAUUUUACUGUACAGAUAGAUAGGAAACCUAUGUAUAUAUGUUUAGAUGAAGUAGAGUUUGCUGUAACCGGAAAUCGAAGGAUUUAAACCUGUUAAAAUUGUUGAAAGUGGCGAAGAUGAAUUUGGGUACAUCAGAGGAAGAAUCAACGGCUGAAGAAAUUGACGUUCCGGAGGAUAUAGACUGGCAAAUGCUUGAUAAAUCCAAGUUUUUCGUUCUCGGUGCCGCCUUAUUUUCAGGUGUAUCCGCCUCUUUAUACCCGGCGGUGGUGCUAAAAACCCGGCAACAGGUGGCACAGUCCCAAGUUUCUUGCAUUAAAACAGCAGUCUGGAUCUUGAAACAUGAAGGUUUUCGCGGAUUGUAUAGAGGAUUUGGGACUUCAUUGACAGGCACAAUCCCAGCCAGAGCAUUAUAUAUGGCUGCACUCGAGGUUACCAAGAGUAAUGUGGGGACGGCGGCCACUAGGUGCGGAAUUCCAGAGCCUUCUGCGGCUGCAAUUGCAAAUGCUGCCGCUGGUUUGAGCGCUGCAAUGGCAGCCCAAAUGGUUUGGACUCCGGUUGAUGUAAUUAGCCAGCGGCUUAUGGUACAAGGUGGUGAUAAUCAGAAGAUUUCGAAUGCAUUUUCAUCUAAAUAUUUAAACGGGAUUGAUGCAUUCAAGAAAAUUCUAAAUACAGAAGGGAUAAGAGGGCUAUAUAGAGGAUUUGGGGUAUCAAUUUUGACUUAUGCGCCAUCAAAUGCAGUGUGGUGGGCAUCCUAUUCUGUAACUCAGAGGCUUGUUUGGAGUGGUAUGGGGUGUUUUCUUUGCCAGAAAGAUGACGUAAGGGAAGAAAACGGGGUCAAUGUGGAGAAAAAUGCAUUGAGGCCUAAUGCAAAAACUGUGAUGGCAGUGCAGGGAGCAAGUGCAGCUAUGGCUGGUGGGGUUUCGGCUUUGAUAACAAUGCCUCUGGAUACUAUCAAGACAAGAUUACAGGUUUUGGAUGGGGAUGAGAAUGGGCGGAAGGGGGCGAGUUUUGGGCAAACUAUGAGGAAUUUGGUGAAGGAAGGUGGGUGGAUGGCUUGUUAUAGAGGUUUAGGACCAAGGUGGGCUUCAAUGUCCAUGUCUGCAACUACGAUGAUCACUACAUAUGAGUUCUUGAAAAGGCUUUCUGCGAAGAAUCGAGAGGUUUUGUCAUCUUGAAUCCUCUUGUAUGGCAUAUCUCGCAAGUAGAUUGGAUAGUACUCAACAAUAUUUAUAAAGAAAAAUAAGUGGAAAACAUGUCGAAUGUACUGUCCAAUUCUGUUCAUGCCAGAAUGCGCUGGUAAAAUCAUAGGCAGUGGAGGAAACAAGUUUUUAUUUCUUGUUUUUCCUUCAAUCUUGUUCAGAGUUGUAUGAAGUUUCUCUCUCAACAUGUAAUAAAUGCUUUUCUUGAUUGUCCAAGUUAGAUAGUUAUCUCAAGCGCGGUCGUUAAUGCAGAAGUGAUUUCAAAUUGUGUUC